AUGGACGACACUAAGAAGUGGUUUGAAGCUGUUUUCAACGAAGAGUGUCAACUAAACAGCUUUUUGUUAAGGUUUCCACGCCCUGAGUUGUUUUCAGAGUCCCCGGUAGGUACUUUGAAAGAAUUUUAAAAAUCGGGAUAAAGCAUUUCAAGCGAAACUGAUCUAUGUGACGGUCAUGAAAACUUCCCCGCAACGGGAUGAAAAUUUGAUUCUGGGUCAGUAUUUCAUUGCAAAGCAACUGAAAAUUAACUUUAUAACCUUGAAAAACUGUACGUUUUUAGCCGACUUAGGGAUUAUGGAUGCGGAUUUACUUGGUACAAAGUAUGCUACCUUCUAACGGGUGGUUAAUGAUGGCCAUUGGUUCUUGUCCAAGUUUCAUAGUUAGGCCGUAACAUUGUGUGAUUUUACCCUCCAACAGUAAACAGUAAAUUAAAGGAAAACUGUUUUUUUGAACAAGAAUGGCGUUCAAUCCCAACAUUACAAGUGCUUUGAUUUAGAGAGCAAAAUCUAUCAGCCAUGACAUAGAUGCAUAUUUCUGUUCUUUCUUUACAUGGAUUGAGACGGAGAACUUCCUGUGCUCAUUUUCACGAACAAGCCGUUGAGUUUUUGUCUUUUAUGUGAUACUUCGCAGAACAGACCUAAAGCGACUUUAAAGUAUAACCACCUCGAAAUACUGGAGGCUGUUAUUUAAGAUACAUACAGACAUAAUUUAAUUUAACUUCGGAUUUUAGAAUAGCCUAAAGACUAGUAUGUGACAUCUACAACAUCACAGAUAAAAAAAACAUAUUAACAUGAAAACACAAACUGUUGGUAAUAGUAAACAUCUAACUGAUAAAACUAUGGGAAAAAAGUAAAUACCUAAAUUCCUUCAGACUAGUGGUUCGCGUUUUCGUCUUUUUCACCUGCUUAUACAUAAUGACUAAAACUCUUACUGAACGGAAAAAAUGCAAGAAUACGCAAAACAUAUUGCUCGAUUUAUGUUAUCUACUUUUGAGGAGCAUCUGCAAGAAAAACAUAUGUUUAUAUCCUGAAAUAGUGCCUAGAAAAAGGCCAAAGGUUUGAAGAAAGUCUGCGAAGAGGUAGGCUUGUUAAGAAUGAACUCUUUAGAAAUAUUUUGAAUGAAUAAUAAAAAAAUUAUUGAACUCGGCUUUCGUACGAUGUGAAGAAUUAUGCUAAUCUCGGCCAUAAUAUUCUCCUCGAUCUUUAUAAUUCUGUACGUCAUGGUUAGCCUCCUUCAAUAAUUGCUAACUAAUAAUUAAGAAGUGCACUUCAGUGCUCGUUCUUGAAUGAACUAGAAUCUUUCACUGACUGUCCUCGAUUAUUACGGCUUUUGUAUCACCUGAAUUCCUUGUUCAGUUCUCAAUGCGCUAAUGAAUCACCUAGCCUGCGAACCGGCUCACACAAGAAGCGCGCUGGUAUUUCUGUAGCGAUUUUUAACGGCCGGAUCAGUUUUAUUUCGAUAGACUAACACUCAAUUUUUCCUUUCUUUGUUAUUUUUCAGUGGUUUACUCCAACACUGUUUAUUUUGUAUCGUCUGGUAAUAGCCUUUUGCUGUGUGAUCUUUGCAGCGGAAAGCAUCCUCAAUAAUCCCAGCUAUCGCUGGCUUCUGCAGUUCGAUAACUGGAGUAUAUCCUCGGCCUGCUUGCACUUUAUUCUCAACACAGGGCUUCUUUUUCACAGCCAAAUAGAAACAUGGAGAGAAAACAGGAGAAAGAAGAGAGAAAUUGAAGAAACAAAACACGUUAAACAGUACGAAAAGAUAUACUGGGCAGAAGAUAGAAUAACGGAAAGUGAUGAAGAAUUUCUUUGGCCAUGGGAGGAGGGCCAUGCAGUCGAAUUGCAAGAAGACAGGCUAUCCUAUUAUCAUAAAACAUUAUGGCUCCUACAAAGCAUUGCUGGCAACAGUAUUCUUGUUGUGACCGUAUGCUAUGUUAUUCUUGAGGAUCAUAUCAAGGCGAAAGUGCUCGCCACGUAUCUUUCUCUCACAGUUUUUCUUCUCGCUGAUGCUAUAUUAAGUUUUACCCCAAUCAGACUCUUGCAUUUUGUUUAUAGCUAUUUGUUUACUUUAUUGUACGUCUUAAUUAUUACUGUGUACUAUUUUGCUAAAAGAACUCAUCAAACCUCCACGUUACCGAGCUUUGUAAACAGGAUUAUUCAGGAUCCUUUUCAGGCGAUGUUGGUUAUCCUUGUUCUUAUCAUUGGUCAGCCACUGUUUCAAACGCUGUACUUUUGCGUUCAUAAGUUGAACACGUUCAUAUAUAUCAAAUGGUACAGCUAUUGACUAAGGUUCUGCCCACACUAACGCGUUUUCGUUUGAAAAGGCAUACGCUUCGAUCCGUUUAGGCAUUCCGUCCACACUAGUACGCUGAGCGCGUUUAUAUCGAAAACGCAUCGAUUUGAAAACGCGUUUUAGUGUGAGCAUGCGCACAGAGUUCAACUUACGUCACAACGUGCAAUUCUAUCGUUUUCGAACGUUUUAGUGUGGACGGUCGAAAACGCAUCAUGAACGGUAGUGUGGACACGAUUAGAUCGAUGCGUUUUCGAUAACAACGUAAACCAUUCAUAAAGUAGUGUGGACAGAGCCUAAGUUACAUGCUGCCCACCGGAAAUUCAUAGAUUGCAUAUGUACAUAUAGUUAUUUAUAAUCAUUUUCAAGUAAAAUAACUCUAAAGCAGCUAAUUUGAGAGACUACAAAACUGCUAAGUUAUAGAACUUUUAACAUAUGUUAAUUUUCACCAUCCCAAAAGAUAAAAGAGAUCAAGUAUAGUAAAAGAAAUGUUUCUUUUGGUUUACGUUAAUAACUGUAGUCACGUGUCUGAUGACGUCAUAAUUAAGGAAAAAGGGAAAUCUGAAACGGGCCAAACUAUUGGGGCGGCAAAAGCAUGCUGGAUGGAGAAAAUCUCGCCUUUCAUCAGAUUUCACGUAUCCUUUGUUUGCCCCAACAAAAGUCAUGCAAAAUUUGUGUUGAUUCCACGCCUAGGUGAUGAAACUGUCAUUCAUUUGAAAUAUAUGAGAGGGUUUCCCUAAACCGGCCGUCAAUGUUAUUGAUAGCGAGUAGAAGAUUCCGAAACAAUCUUGAAAGUAUGGCUGACGCAACCUAACAUUCAUCGUAAAAAACCAGGGCGUUACAAGGUUUAAAUGCACCUUAUGGAUAGUUAAUUUCGCCCAAUUGUUGAAAAAUUCGCGAAAUUGAGACGCGCGAAUAUAAAUCCUCGCGCAGUUUAAGUAUGCCAAAUUUAAUACUUAUAUAGAAAAUUCAAGACACAGAAAAAAUGAUUUUAAAACAUGUAAUGUUAAUAACUUACUGUACAGGAUGUGUAACGACAGCUAGACAAAUUGUUGACAAAGAUGUUAACGCAUUUAGCUAAUAAUAAAUAAUAAUAAAAUAUUUAUAUAACGCCUAUACUUUUCAAUGCUAAGCGCUUUACGAUGCUUUGAAAAUGUCCGGAUAAAAAAUUAAAAUCCUAGAAUCAUUUACAUAUAAUCCUUACAUGGUCACAAAAAUGCAAAAUUAAAACCUAAGAAACUUCUUAAACUCGCUUAAAUAGAUUUAAAUUUAUUUACAUCAUCGAUCGAUCUAAUAUCAAUAGGCAGAUCGUUCCAGUGUAUGGGGGCAAUGCAAGACUGUAAAAGCCCUUAAACCGUAUGUCUUUAAGUUAUAGGGUUUAAUAACAAGACAUCACUUGUCUGAAGAUUAGCGAAGGCACCUCGUAGGUUCAAAAACAUAGAGUAGGUCUACCAAAUAACCAGGAGCUAAUUGUUGAGCAUCUUAAAACAUAUAAGAUUAAUCUUAAAGAUUAUUCUUUACUCCACUGGUAGCCAGUGCAGCUCCUUUAGAGUAUCGCGUCUAAUAUGAUCAAACUUACGUAAGCAAGCGAUCACACACGCUUCAGCGUUUUGGACACUUUUUUGCAGUUUGUUAAACUCAUUCUUGGGAAGACGAUGUAAAAGGGAGAUGUAGAAAUCCAGCUUAAAAUUUAUGAAUGCGUGCCCAAGAACUCCAUGAUCAGUGUUUGUAAUUAACAUUGAUAUACUUACGAAUCUUAGCUAUAUUUCUGAGAUGGUAGAAUGCCCCUUUAACUAUUUUGUUGAUAUGAAAAGAUAUCGUUAGGGUAUUAUCGAAAAUGACGCCGAUAUUACGCGCCUUAUUUGUAGGCUUGAUGAUAUCAUUUCCCAAGUAGAAGGAAGCCGCGGGGGUAGUCUCAACCUAGAAUAGAGAAUGAGAAGUUCCGUUUUGUCAGUAUUUAGUUUCAGUUUGUUAGUAGUCAUCCAGUUAGUGAUAUCGACAAGGCAGCUCUCAAUCCGGGAAAUUGUACAGUGGUAAGAUCAACGCUAUCAUCACAACUGAAGGUUAAGUGUACAGUUGAGUAUCAUCAGCAUAUAGAUGGAAUUCCAUAUCAUGCCAUCGUAUUAGGUCACCCAGUGGGGUCGUGUAUAAGAGAUAUGAACGCCCCAACACGGAUUCCUGGGGUACACCAAAUCUGAGCGUACGAACUGAAGAAGUAAAUCAAUCUGAACUGAACUGGGAACGAUCCGUACUGAAGUCACGCAAGCGCUUUUCCUUUUAUACCAAACCUGGAUCGCAGUCUGUAUAACAAGACCUUUUAAUCGACAGUGUCGAAGGCGGCUGAUAGGUCCAGCAGCGAGAGAACGACGCAUUGUUCAUUAUCGAUCGAUUCAGUAUAUCAUUUUGAACACGUAGAAGCACUAUGUCACAACUAUGACUUUCAUUGAGAUCAUCAUCACACAAAUAAUCGUCAAACGCAACGCUACCACGUUUUCAAUAACCUUAGAAAAAACUUCAAAACCUUAGACAAAAACUUCUUACUGUAAGCAAGUCCACAUUUGUUUUCAUAAACUGGCUCCUUCAGUUAUUGACCCUUGUUUAAGUCAAAGAAAUCCUGACGCGUUCGACCAAGGAUCAGAAUAGGCUACGAAACGAAGAAAAAAAGGACUGUGAUGGUCUAAGAGUAUGAAGGAAAAAUGCUAUAAAUGUCAUCCAAAGAGAUUUAAAGCUCAUCCUAAGACCUAGAAACUAAAAUGUUUUUUACUGGUAAUAUUAGCGUUUUACAUUUUACUCCCUCGGGAGGGGUUUUAUAGUGUAUUGAGAUCAAUUUUAUUUUCUUUAGUGCAUCUACCGACCCCAAAACCAACCUGAAACCUUUCAAAUUGAACUUUAAUUUUAAACUAAACUGAUGAUCCAGCUUUUUCAAAAAACUGUUAAUUGACCUUGGCAGUGUGGUUGGAUGGUAAAUAAAAACUGAUCGUUCGGUAUUAAAUUUAUCAAGAACAUUGAAUGUGAUUGGUUUCAGCUUUAGUGUAUUCUUUACAGCAACACAUUUACUUGCUUGAAACAUUUAGUAAACAUUUUUAGUUGAGUGAUAGGAUAAUCUGCAUUCUUUCAAGUUUUUUCUUCCAUGAAAAAGACAGUUGGGGAACAAUUUCUGGGUUGUAUCUUUUCAAACGGAUUUAAGGAAAACAUUUUAAAUUGUUAAAUAAUAUAUUUUGCAAAGAAAUGCGGUUUCUUGCUAGCACGGAAGGUCUCUAUUUAGCCCCAGAAUUGAGCAACAGAGUCUACAAGCAACACUGUGAAAACAUAACAACAGCUGAAAUCUUCUAAAACCAAGUACUUGAACUAAAAUAACCAAAACCCAUUUGUAAAUAGCAAAAAACUAACAUUAGCCAAACCAUAAAUUUCUUGAAAGUUAUGUUACUUGAAUCGGUGAAUGACAGUUCAUUCGGAAUGUUUGAAUUGCCUUAAUUUGCAGUUGCUACCAACUUAUUGUAUGGGGAGCUUUGCUAUUUACAUAGCUGUCGCCUGCACUGAGUAAGACGAUAUUAAAACUGGCUUACGUGCAAUAACUGGAUGUAUUCCCUGGUCUUCGUGAAUGUUGCAAAUUUACUGAGCCAAAAUUCAUUUGUUUAACAUGUUAUUUGUGACUUUCUUAGCUGGGGUUUUACUCUUUUCCUGGAGUCAAGUGGUCCAAGGAAAAUAUAACCAACAACCGAAAAAUGAAAUCAAAGGUAUGUUUUACAUAUGACGGUUAAUACUUGAUGGUUCUGAUAAGUAUGCUAUGUCGAAGAAGCAGGCGUCUUUAUUGAUUAGAGAUCAGAAAAAGGAUCUUGUAAAAAUUCUUGCAACGAAGUCAUUUAAAGAGCGCCCUUUCUUGCGUGUAUUCAGUCUUUGUCUUCGUAUGGAGUGUGGAUGGCUGGAAAAAAUUUAGUUUUAUUCUCUAUCUCUACGCUCAGAAAAUGUUUCUGUUAUAAGUAUAAAGAGACAAAUCAACAGACUGAUAAAUGGAGAGAGCCGCCAGCAAUCGAGUUUAUUACAACAGUGAUAGUUACAGCAAAAACAAGGAAUGUAUUAUAAAAUAGAAAUAAAGAGCACUAAGAAAGGCUAGAUUAAGGGAAGAUCAUAAAUGCUGACAAGAUAUGCUGAAAAAAAAAAUUAACAAACUAAAACAGAGUCAAAUCAUUUUAACACAGCGAUGCGAAAAUACAAGUACAAAUUAAACGUAGGUAAAACCUAUAACUCCUUACAAGAAAACGAAAAAAGCAGCCCGAGGAGUAAACUGGUCGGGGUCAAGUGGUGUGAAAUUCACAAGGAGUGGUUUUUAAAGGAUUUAAUGGUCCCAAUGGGAACUGAACUAAACAAUGUAAUCAACAACUAAAAGAAAUACAUUUUAGUUUACUUCUGAACGACUCUGUGACCCUGAGCGGGUAAAGCCAUUCGUACGUUUUCGAUCAGUGAAAAAAAAAAAAAAUAUGUAGCGGCUUCAAUAUCGGAAAUAAAGAACCCGUUCAUUGCAUCCUCUUUCACCCUAGAUUGCUGCCAAUUUUCAGGUAUCUGACUGCAUAUCGCAUUUAGUUACCUGGUACUGAUUGGAGGCCAUUAGUGGUCUUUUGUUGCUCUUGCUCCGAGAGGUUUUUCUCCAGGUACUCCGGUUUUCCCCUCUCCUCAAAAACCAGUAUUUCCAAAUUCCAAUUCGACCAGGAAUCAAGUAGACGAAGAACCACUAUGUGGAUGUGCUGCCUGCAAAUCGUUAUUUAUUUUAUUUUAUUUUUCUUAGUCCUUCUUAGAGAGUAGAUCUUAAAUCUAAACCCAGAGAUAAAAAAAAAUGUCCAAAAGAAGUUCGUUCGCAACUAAGAUUCUUCUUUGUAUUCUUCAGAUAUCUUAAAGCUCUUUAAUGAGCACGGCACAAGACUCCACAAGCGAUCAGGUUAGUGUACUCCUGAUAAAAUCCCUUGAGAAGUAACCAGAGGAACUGAGAUUUGAAGAUUAAAAGUCCCUCGGCUCGGCAUAAGCAAUAUCACCUGAGUUAACAAACUGGCAUUUUCUUCAAAUGCAAUUAACUAGCCGGCCUUGUAAGAUCCAAGAACAAUACAAACAGUAAUUUAAAAACUCGUGGCGUUUAUUUAAACUGGCCUGAUGCUUUUGGGGUCAUUAGAGUUCGUUUGAGCCUGCAGAUAUACGGCAGUACAGCGUGGUUAACAUAGCUAGGUUUUAUUUUUUCUAAUUUUUCUUUUAAAUUUAUCAAUUUCGGUUAACGUUCUUAAGGCUAUUGGUAAUUUAUGCCAAAGAUACGGACCAAGAUAUUUUAUAGAAUGUUUACCAAAAGUUAUCUUGUUAAAUCUAGGAAUCAUAAAGUCAGUUUUGCCGACUGUGGUGUUUGCGGACUUUGAAGAUAUUUAAGAUUUGGGCCAAAAUCGUUCUAAAAGUAAAACUGGUCUGUGAAAACGUCGUGACACGGGUACAUGGAAGUUGCUCACUCCAGCUUAUGAGCUCCUGUCCGGCUUUAUUAACAAUGAAAUCUCUUCUCAUUUGUAGCUCCUUGCGUGGAUACUUAUGCUUACUGUGAAAUUUACAAGCCUUACUGUGAACAUCCUGACUACGUAGACUGGGUCAAGGACAACUGCAAAAAGAGUUGUGAUCUCUGUCCAAAAGGUAAGGCGCAAGGGCGAGGCGCGUUUGAGUCAGGUGAUUAAAGACUCAAUUAACUACCAAAAAUGUGCCACCUUUUAUUUGUUUAGAAUGUAUUGACCGCGUUUCCUAUUGUGAUGCUAUCAAGAACAGAUGCACUGAUCCUCUGAUUGCAAGCUCAAUGGAACAUUACUGUGCCAAGACGUGUGGGGUGUGUCAAGGUAAAAACGUCAAUGAUCCGUUAUUAAUACAUUCAGAGGAAAUGCUGUUAUUUUAGUACUUAACAACGUAUACCUUUAAAACUAUUGUUUGUUUUCUCGGUUUUAUAUUUAUUUAUUUAUUCAUUUAUUUUACAGUCCCAACAACACCUCCGCCACCAACAACAAUUCCAAGAACAGAACGACCCAUUGAUCAGGGUGAGCUAACGCAGUUGUAUGACUGAGUUAACCGUGUAAUGAUCGGUCGGUAAUAACACUAUGUCAUGUCACUUGGAUUGUUUACCAUUCACAAAAAUUUUCCUGAUAAUCCUGUUGGGAAGUAAAUGAAACACGACUUCCUGGGUCGCUCCGGCGAAAAAUUUCCCUGAGUAACGGAACAUCUGAAAAAGGUAGUCCUGUUUGACCUGUUUUUUCCGGAUAGAAUUCGUGUUGCAUUUCUUCAAAGCCAUCUUUGAUACCACUUUCAGCCCUUUGCAGUCGUUUUUCGGUAAAUGGAACCGUGAUUUGUGAAAAUGGUAAACGCGAUUCGCGGCAAAAUUGACCAGUUAUGAAUUUCACUCACCAUUUGACCAAAUCAUGGUAACUGAGCAGUUUGCCCGUGUAUACGGUAAACAACCUUAAAGCCUCAGAUAAUUCUAUCAUUACAUGUCAGUUCUUUAUGACAUGGAAAGGAACAAUGGUAAAACGUACUUAAACCUCCCCAUAUAUUCAAAACUUACUGAAAAGCUUGUUUGCCUAAGGCCGAGGUUUGAGCAAGCCGUCCUUCUUCAGGGGAUUUAAUGAAGAAUCAUGUGAGGGUGCCCACUAUCAAGUUAAACACUGAUUGAAUAUGCCUUGGACACCUAGUUAGUAAUGCGCAUUCAUUACAAAAAAACAGCCAAUAGUCAGAUCGCGUUCUAUUGUAGCCAUAUAAUAACACUCUAAUAUUAUCAGGUUUUACUAUAAUAAGAUAAGGCAGGACUCUAAUUACUGCGUCGUCAGUUCUUCAGGUUCUACGUCACAAACUAAAAAUAAAUAUUAAGUAUAAGAAUAAACUGAAUAUUUAUUUCCCUUACACAAAUCUAACGAAUUAAAAACGUAGUUAAAAAGAAAAAAUCGAAAAUAUUUACUGUUUGCACAUCUCUAAAAGAUCUUCAGUUGAGUUAUCUACAGUUUCAAAUCGGUGAUACACUAAAUGUAUUAAUGGCCCCGGUUGUUGAAAAGAUGGAUAGUGCUACCACGGGAUAAAUUACUAUCCAGCAGAUAAGCAUUAGCAAAACCAAUAUGCACCAUCCAGUGGAUAGAGAUUUAUCCCAUGGAUAGCAUUAUCCAUCGUUUGAACAAUAGUGGGGCCUGAUCUGAAAAUUAGUGGCGAAUACGCGAAGUCACUCUUUUCUUUAAACAGGAAGCGUGGAGUGUGGAAAAAAAGCCGUGCAUAGCAGAAUAGUGGGAGGAAUAAACGCUCAACCAGGAUCAUGGCCGUGGCAAGUAACAAUGGAUUAUACAGGAGAACCAUCCCCUCAUUGGUGUGGAGGUUCUAUUAUUACCCCUGAGUGGAUCGUUACUGCAGCUCAUUGUUUUGCCUACGGUGAUGAAACUCACAAAUACACUAUUACCGUAGGUGAGGGCAGCACUAUUAAAAAAGCGUUUAUCAUAUUUUCAUAGUUAUUCAUCUUAUUAUGAAAGACAUCAUUAUCAAUAUAUCAAAAACUCUUUUAAUUUAAUUAUUUCACCCUUCCUAACUUCUUCCUACCAAGUACAUAAGAAUAGCUUAAAAAGAUUGAGUUUAGCCAAUUAAUUAUUGUUUUAAAUGUAAAGCGUUUCCGCUUGAUUUAGGAGCAAAGAAAGACUGAGGAACUGAAUUUUUGGUUUUGGCCUCGCG